GUCGGCGCGGUGAACUCCACGCUUGUGGUUCAUUGUCUUCGUUCAUCCCUAUAGUGAGAGAGUCCCGUCCCUUCAAUUCAGUGGGCGUGGUGUGUGUGUGUGUGUGUGUGUGUGUAAGUGAGUGAGUGGGAAAACAAACAGCAGACAACCAACAGUACUUCCUACAUCUGCGUACAGCUCGAGCGUUUCUUCCCCUCACCUCGCGUCAAGCGUCUCUCCUGCGUGUAGCAGUGUUUACACUGUCCUGCUGAGCUCAGAGGACGCGUCCCAUCAUCACAGCGCUGCAGUUUUACAUCCACACCACAGCUCCACGCGCGUUCAGCAUAGAUGGACCCGCAUCAUCUGAGGACUUCAGAGUGAUAUUACUGUUGUGAUUGUGUUUUUCCUUUUGUAAAAUGAGCGGAGGGGAAAUCAUCUGUCAGGGAUGGUUGAGAAAGUCGCCACCAGAGAAGAAGCUGCGGAGAUAUGCUUGGAAGAAGCGCUGGUUUAUCCUGCGUAGCGGGCGCAUGAGCGGAGACCCGGAUGUACUUGAGUACUACAAGAAUGACCAUGCCAAAAAGCCCAUUCGCAUCAUUGACCUGCACUGCUGCGAGCAGGUGGACGCCGGCCUCACCUUUAAACGCAAAGAGUUCCAGGACAGCUUUGUGUUCGACAUCAAGACGGCCGAGAGAACCUUCUACAUGGUGGCAGAAACGGAGGAGGAGAUGAACCGCUGGGUGCGCUCCAUCUGCCAGCUGUGUGGAUUCAACCAGUCAGAGGACAACCAUCACGAUGACAGAUCGUCAACCACCCACAUUUCCCGAUCCUUGGCUAAUGAUCUGGGUGGCUCUCUGGCCCCACUGAUUGGUGAACGUAAAACGUCUGUUCCUGCCCACUCCAGCCAGCCAAUGCUGUUCACAUUCGACAUACCUGUACGCCACUCCCAUAGUUCUCUGUCUAAUAGUGCUCCUCAGGACUACCUCUUCCUCCAUCAGUGCAUGAGCCGCAAGAGUGAAAGUGCACGGAGUGCCAGUUUCUCGCAGGCCUCGCGCAGCAGUCUUCUGGUGGGCAGUGACUCGGCGGUUCAGAGACUCACUCAUGGUUUCUCUCACUGUCUGAACGGCAUGGGCGCCCAGCUUCACGGUUUCUACAGCCUUCCCAAACCCAGCAAGCAUCAGCAGCCCCCUUUGCGGACUGACUCGCGUGACGCUUGCUAUGUUCUGCCCAGGGGUUACAGCUCAGAAGGGGCGUCAGAGCUUGAAUCAGAUGAUGUCUACACCUUUAAAACCCCCAAUAACACUCUAGCAGCCCCCCAAACCAAUGAGCAGCGGGCCCUCGAUAACUAUGAUUUACCCAGCAUUCCUGGCUCCGUCUACCAGAUCCCCCGCACGUUUGAUAAGAACCACAAUGCCCUGAUGCCAUCCAGUGCCGACUCCACAAAUGCGCCUCCUCCCAGACCUCCCAAACCCAGCCAGGGCUCAGAGACACAGUGGGGCAGCCCGCUGUCCGUGGGGGCUCAAAAUGGAGAGGUCGCCACAGUGUCCGUCAUCCCCAGGAGGAACACACUGCCGGCGGUGGAGAACAUCAAGCUUCACAGAGGUAAUACUCUCAUCAGUUUUAUUAAAUCUGUUUAUUUUAAAGUCUCAUUUUCUCUCAUCUCUCCUUUCCUCGUUUUGUCUAGUAUCUUUUCUCAUUUUAGAACUAAAGCCCCAUUGACCCGCUCCGAUAGUGCCGGCUCUGAGGAUAACUACGUACCCAUGAAUCCCGGCUCGUCCUCCUCCCCUCUCAGUGCCGCCCUGGCUGACAGUCCUAAAAAUAAUUAUAUUCCCAUGAGCCCAGGUCCUCACCAUUUUGAUUUCCCAGGAUUUUCAGCGACGUUGCCGGCCAGGAAGGGCAGUACAGCAUCACUAUGUCUCCGACCCGGCCGACUCAGUGACGUCACACCACCACCGAUUAACCGCAACCUUAAACCCAACCGGACAGCAAAACCAACACCUCUUGACUUAAGGAACAAUGGCAUCAUUGAUGAACUUCCCUUCAAGAGCCCCAUCACCAUGUCUUGGAUCAGACCAACGCCUGUGAACUCCAUCUCGUCGCAGCCCUGUCGGCCCAUUUCAACCCAGAGCAUCACCAGCACUGAUUCUGCAGACAGUGAGGAGAAUUAUGUGGCAAUGCAAAACCCAGUGUCUACCUCCCCGGCGAUGAGUGGUACCAGCAGUCCUGCACCCAGGAAUUGUGGUAAUGUGGACUAUUUGGCCCUGGACUUUCAGCCUGGCUCCCCUGGUCCACACAGAAAGCCGUCCACCUCUUCAGUGACCUCAGAUGAAAAAGUGGACUACGUCCAAGUGGACAAAGAGAAGACACAGGCCCUUCAGAACACCAUGCAGGAGUGGACAGAUGUGCGACAGUCAAGCGAGCCGGCUAAAGGCAUCAAGUCCUGAUGAUUUUCAAAUGUUCACACUGAAUGUGUUCCUCCCUGUCACUCAAAAUGCUCUAUUACUGUUACACCAUGAUAUAAACUGAUUUACCUGUGACAAAAUAGCGAAUGAAACACCAACUAAAGCCAUAGAUCCACUUCAUUUGGUCUUUUUUAGGACAAAAAGCUCCACUGAACCUCCUAGACUGUCUUGCCAUGCAUGUUAGACAUGUUUAACUUUUCAAAGUGCAGUGCAACCAAACUUUAACUACUUGCUUUCUCUGAGUGUGAGCGAAGAACCAUAAACAGUGAAUAUUUAAAUCUAGUUAUAGGUGACGUGUGCAAUUUUUUCAAUGUUAAAAUACUUUCAUCACAGCAUAAAAUUCAGAGAAUGCUAGAAAUCCAUUUGAUUUAUUUCGUUUGAAGUCUCCCAGAAAAAUGUAAACACUGUGACUCUAUCAAAACAUAGCUCUGUUUGUUUGAGCAUCCUGUCCAGCCUGACAUAGCAACACUGGCUCGACCAAUGCCAUUAGUUUCAGGUGGGACUGUCUGACCAAUGGCAUGCAUAGGGAGUGUUCAGGAAACCUGUUUGAAAUUCAACAUUUUUAUCUGUUUAGUGGCACUAGUUGCGCAGAAAUUACACACCUCACCUUUAACAGUGUUAUAAGGGCAGAACAGCACUUCAAACAGAGGAUUUUAUGAAUUCAUGGUGGUCUGCCUGCCAACUUGAAUUGCAGUUUGUCUGUUAAUUCAGCGGAAGAGAGAAGGUCACUUUUUUUCCAAUUUUGAGUCAAGGGAUGUAGAACAUGUUCAAAAAAUAUCCUUGUAGUUUUUAAAUUAAAAAUGUUUAAUGGGUGUUUUCACACUUGGUCUGACACACAGUUGCUCAUAUGAAUAUUGGCUUAGAAUGCAAACCCAGCCCUUUUAAAAAGUGAAUCAAACUCAGAUCAUCUCAGGAGGUGGUCUGUGUAUGGUUCACAUAUACGAUGCAUUGUAAAUGCAAAGCUCACACACAACCACAAAAGUCCAAUUUUGAUCUGUAAAAAAACAAAAAAAAAGUUAACACAAAAAUUUAAAUUGUCAUUUCACUCCAAUUAUGUAUCAUUUACUUGUAUGUAACACAAAAGGAGUUACCUAGCAAAAUGUCCAAGUGGCUCUUUUUCAUACAUUGGAAGUAGAUAUUUUCUUUUUCAAAGGAGGUUGGAUAUUCUGCUUUAUAAGACCUUUGUUGUUCCACAUAGUGGUGUCGCCAAUACACCAGUAUUAAUAAAAAUGAUAUAUGCAUGUUACUACUCCAGAUACAUUACACCUUUAAGGGCCGUUCACACAGAAUGCGUCUUUGCAUCUAAAAAAAAAAAAAAAGGGAGACAGUGCUCAGGAUUGUUUU